AUGUCGUCCUCCUCCAUCAUGCGCGUCGCCGCCCGCGCUGCGCCCUCAAAGACCUUUUUCCGCGCAUACCGUCCCGUCGCCCCGGGCGCCAUUGCCCCCGGCUUCUUCCUCAGCUCGACCCGCAACUUCAGCAGCACCGUCACCCGCCGCUCCGGCCACGAGGAGACCUUCGAGGAGUUCACCGCCAGAUACGAGAAGGAGUUCGAGGCUGUCCAGGAUGUAUUUGAGCUUCAGCGCAACCUGAACAACGCUUUCGCCUACGAUCUCGUCCCCUCUCCCUCCGUCUGCGAGGCUGCCAUCAAGGCUGCCCGGAGGGUCAACGACUACCCCACCGCCGUCCGCGUCUUUGAGGGUAUCAAGGCCAAGACCGAGAACAAGGGCCAGUACGAGCAGUACCUUGAGGAGCUCAAGCCCCUGCGGGAGGAGCUCGGCAUCCUCCUCAAGGAGGACAUGUACCCCGAGGAGUCCAAAUAG